AUGAUUUGUCGAGGUAGAGUAUCGGUCAUAAGACAAUUGGGCCAUCUGGUUUCCAGUCGUCAUAUAAUAUUCACAAGAUGGAAUCAUUCGAAGCGGGAUCAAAGUGGGACUUUCCCAAGUAAAGUAGAUUCAGUUAAAUUUGAAGAUAAGUUACAGAAAGUAAUACAAGGUAACCCUUCUUAUGAACACAGGAAUAGAAGCUUAGAUGAUGAGAAGCUUCGAGAAAUUAUAGAAACAUCGAAUUUCCGUACGAGGAAAGACGAAUCAUCAAAGGAGGUAAUAGAUCGAAAACAACCCAUCACCAUAUCAAGUGAAGGAUCACCAACCAAUUCUUCUCCUGUCACUAAUUCUUUAGAAGAUGAUAUUAAACUAGAAAUUCCCGAUCUUCCCUCAGAUAAGGAGAAGAAAAGAAGUAAAUUAGCCAAACGGUUAGAAAUAUAUUUGGAUUCGUUACAAGAUACCAUUUUCACAGCCACAAGAGCAUUGAAUGACGUGACAGGGUAUUCGUCAAUUGAAAAAUUGAAAAAGAGUAUCGAUACAUUGGAGACUGAAUUGAAGGAGGCAAGAGAUCGGGUGAAGUCUUGUAAAGAAUUGUAUUCCGAAGCCAUUCAUCGUCGAUCUCAACUGCAGAAAGAGGUCAAUGAAUUAUUAACGAGGAAACAUGACUGGUCUCUGGAAGAUUUGGAAAGAUUCACCAACCUUUACCGUAAUGAUCAUGCCAAUGAACAGGGCGAACAAACGGCACAUUCGGAAUUAGAAAGUUCGGAAAAGAAGGUGGACAGCAUUCAAUUGAAGUUGACUCAACUGAUCUUGACAAGAUAUCAUGAAGAACAAAUUUGGUCCGACAAGAUCAGAAGAGCAUCUACAUGGGGGACCUGGAUUAUAAUGGGUCUAAACAUGUUAUUAUUCAUAGUGGCUACAUUUUUGGUUGAACCAUGGAAAAGAAAAAGAUUAGUGGGGUCUUUUGAAGAUAAAGUGAAGUUGGCGUUAUAUGAAACGUCUGAACAACAAAACGGUAGGUUUGAUGAAAUGUUACAAAGACAAUCUAAGAAUGUUACACCUAUAGAACCAUCCACAAACUCCACCAAUGGUGAUGAACCUAGUGGAUUAUCUGGAUGGUUUUUCAAAUCGAAACCAUCUGAAUUAUUGGAUGUUUCUAAACCUCAAGUAAUGCAGUUAUCACUUGAGAGCUCAUGGACAGGUAAUAUUAAACAAAACGUUGAAGAAUUUCUUGCAGAAGAAACUAAUGCUAUUCAACUACAAAAGAAUGAAUUUGGUGUACUUAUGGGGGUUCUGGCUGUUUUCGGAUUAGUUCUAGGUGGCGCAAUAACUUUUUUCUCAAAAUAG